CUCAGAACAAAAACUCAUGUAGGGUCAAAGGAUGGAACCAAUCAUUUGUCAUGCUUGAAAUCACCAAAAGAAAAAAAAAUGAAAACAUAUUGUAUUAGUUGUUAGGGUUGGAAGUUGAAAGAUAUUAGCACCACCCAUGUUUAGUUGUGGUCCUGUUGAGAAAUAACAAAGGUACUAAGAUGCAUAAUUUUUGUAUUGCUUUGAUUGACUCUGUGAUCUUUCCUUUUCCAAAAUUAGGAAGCGCUAAAUGGGGAACCAUCUCGUAUCUCACAUGACAUUGUUGGUGUCGUAGAUAGGACCGCAAGUGAAGGGUGAAACAAAUGCACAUGCACGUGUGCAUGUGUGUGAUUAAUAUUGUGUUAUGAAUGCGCUAUUCUAUUCCAUGUGUUAGAAGAAGAUACUGUUCUACUUUUACCUCUGUAUCAGUUUUCUCUGUAGUAUUAUUACCUUAUCAUCUUCCAAAUUGAAACAUGGAUGCACGUACCUAAAAUCCCUACCCUUUUUCCUUUGCCUCAACCCUCCAACCACUCAGAAAAUAUAUAAAUGGAAUGGGAGAAGAAUAAGAGAGCAAGAGAAGAUGAUGGAAUCGAGAUUGAAUCGUGUUCUGAAAGUAACAUGAGUGGAAAGAAGAGAAAUGUAUAUGGCAUGAGCUUGUCGAAGGAGAAGAAGAAGGAAAUGGAAGAGGAAGAUUAUUUGGAGGCAUGGGAUUCACACUUGGCCAUGGGAGUGUUUGAUUUUCCUUGGCUGAAAGAUGGUGUCAUGUCCAAAUCAGAUGAAUGCUUGGAUUUUGAAGACAAUUUCUCAUCAUCUCUUCAACACCAAGACACUUUCUUCAAACACAGUGUUGAUUUCUCUGAGGAAUGUGGCUUGUGUGUAACUCCUGAGGUACCAAUGGUUCAUAUUGAAGAUGCGGAGUUGGUGGAGGAUUUGUGGCAACCAUUUGAGAGUAAUGGGUUGGAGUUAGAAGCAGAAGAUGGAGAUUCUAUCUGGAACUCUCUUCUCAAUUUGGAUUCUUUGUAUCCAUAAUUCAGAAAGUUCUUGGGAUUGGUGCUCAAGAUUUGGAAUAAGAAAUUCGGUAGAUGUAUAUAUAUUGGAUAUGUUCUAUUCAAUGGUAGAUGCAAUUUCAUGAUUUCGUGUUCAAACUCACACUUUGAUGAUCUGAGAAAAUGUCAGCAAACACCAAAGCUAGAGAUAUUAUUCCUUCAUGUUAAUGGUUUUCAGUUACAAUAUCAUGAAUUUCUG